AUGGCCGCGCCAGCUCUCCCUUCCGCGCCUCCAGUGUCUCUGGGCCAAAACAUUGUCCUCCAGCCCCCACUUUCGCGAUGCGGGCGUGGACCCGGUCUAAUAAUCAUCCGCCCGUCUGGCUAUGCAGGGUGUCAAGCAAAGAAUACCAGUCUGGACCCGGAGCCCGUGCAGAAGUGGGCAGAGGAGAGCUAUGCGGUGGUGCAGAUUACUUUGGAUCAUGAGGCGAGCGCAGACGAGAGCGGUGUUUCAGCACUUGUGAAGCGAGGCAUUGAAGCGUUUGAGUCAUCGGAUGAGUUCUACGGUUCUCCCGCCGAUUAUGCGCCUGGGUUCGGAAAGAUCCUGGGCAAUGUCAUCGCAGCUUUAAAUAAGAAGCUUGCGGCCGGAGUGCUCUUCAGCUCCUGGGAUAUAACUGAGGAAUCGAUUCCUAUCCUCUCACACAUUCCUGGGAACGUCCAAGCCCCGGGCCUUGAAAAGAAGGAUAAUCACACUGUUUACUCAUAUGUGGAUGUUGCUUCCGCCGGGUUCAUCGUCCCGGGGCAUGCUGACUUCAAAAUCACGUCUGCCGGCGUCGCGCACACGCGAUCCCUGACCUUCCUGAAGAAACAGCUGGACGGGCCGUACUUCGAUCUGGAGAAGAUCUGGGACGAGCACACGUGGUACGAAUUCGGAGAUCGGUCCGUGGAAAAGACCAUGGCGACGAUGGUGCAGGAGCCCCGAACGGUCGGCACCGACCGGAUCGUCGACGAGUUCAUCUUCAGCUUGACACACAAUAAAGAGGUCGACUGGUUAAUCCCCGGUAUCCCACCAACUGGCAAGGCGCUCCGUAUCCCAUUCACCUCCGUUGUGAACAUUCGCGGAGAUCGUUUAUAUCACGAGCAUAUCGCGUGGGAUCAGGCGACAGUUCUCGUGCAGCUGGGUCUGAUGCCGGAAUACCUGCCUUUCCCAUAUGCCCUUCCUGGCGGACAGUUGCCUGGGCCCGGAAAGAGGUUCGAGUAUCGUGUGCCUGCUGCCGGAGUCGAGACGGCGAUGAAGUUGCAAGAUGAGCACGCAGUGCCGUCGAACGGGAUGUUUGAGUUUAAGGUGCGCGAGGUGGACGAUAAAUGA